GGGCCGGGCCGGGGAGCGGCUGCAGCGCACCGGCCGGGAGCUGUAACUGAGGCAACUUUCCGGGGCAGUCGGGGCCGUCUGCGCUGCAAAGCCUUUCGGUCUGACGGGAGGAUCCGUGUGCGCCGCUUCCGCUGCCGGGAUCGGAGGCACUGCAGCUUCCGAGUGAAAGGGAGAGAGAGAGAUGUGACAUUGGGUUCGUUUCAAGAGACGUCUUGAGCGGUGGAGAAAACCCGUCUUGAAGUACAAUGGUCCCGGCACUCCAUACAGUGCCUUACACGUGGGCAGGAGGGCUGCAAAGCGAUUUACCGUGAGGUGUAGUGACUGAACGCCAUCUGACCGAAUGGUUAAAUGAUUAAAAUUAUCAGCUCUACUCACCCUGGACCAACAUGCCAAUUCCCUGCAGCAGCUGUGAGAAGAAACUGGCUGUCCUGAAGCGACCAAAGACCGGCCACUCCCUUUGUAAAGAUUGCUUCUUCUGGGCCUUUGAGGAAGAGACUCAUCAGACCAUCACUUCCGCAAAACUUUUCCACCAGGGAGAGACGGUGGGUAUUGGCGCGUCUGGAGGAAAAGACUCGACAGUCUUGGCUCAUGUCCUAAAAGUACUGAAUGAGCGGUAUCACUAUGGGUUGAAUCUAAUCCUGCUCUCUGUGGACGAGGGGAUAACCGGGUAUCGCGAUGACUCCUUAGAGACAGUCAAGAGAAACCAGCAGCAGUAUGACCUCCCUCUCAAAAUAGUUUCCUAUGAAGAGCUGUACGGUUGGACGAUGGAUCAGAUUGUGAAGAAAGUUGGUUUGAAGAAUAAUUGCACGUUCUGCGGAGUGUUCAGGAGGCAAGCACUUGACCGGGGGGCCAUGAUGCUGAGGGUGGACAAGGUGUGCACAGGUCACAAUGCUGACGACAUUGCUGAGACAGUGCUGAUGAACUUCCUGCGCGGUGACAUCGCCCGACUCAGGCGCUGCACGGCGAUCACCACGGGCAGUGAGGGGGCCAUCCCGCGGUGCAAGCCGCUGAAGUACGCCUACGAGAAGGAGAUCGUGCUGUACGCUUACUUCAAGAAGCUGGACUACUUCUCCACCGAGUGCGUGUACUCGCCCAACGCGUAUCGCGGCUACGCCCGGGCUUUCCUGAAGGACCUGGAGUCCAUCCGACCGAGCGCCAUCAUGGCCGUGAUCCACUCGGGCGAGAACCUGUCUGUGAAGGAGGACGUGAAGAUGCCGGUUCAGGGCACGUGCGGUCGCUGUGGCUACAUCUCCAGUCAGGGACUGUGCAAAGCCUGCGUGCUGCUGGAGGGGCUGAACCGCGGGCUGCCUAAACUCGGCAUCGGCAAACACCACAAGCUGCACAGUCGGCUGCUCAGGGACCAGCCUCUCACGGAGAGAGAGGAGAAGAAAUUGAAGUCGGUCGACUUUUGAACACGCACAACUUCAUUUCUUCUUUUAAGAAAAACAAUUCCUCCGCAAAUGAUUUGUUUUUAAAACGGUAGGAAAUCAUUUGUGGUCAGGGCGGCAGUUGUGUCUGACCUCCAGCAGAGUGUAGCACUGAUGCCCCCGUGCUAUGGUUCAGCCCUGUGUUUCACCUCAUUAUCUGCCGUGCGCGGGUCUUAGUUUUGUCAUCCGGUGAAAGUCAAUGUAUUUUUUUCCCCAAAUACACCAUCUAUAUUGGAGCUUUGUGAUGUAAAUUCAGUCAUUAGCACCAAGUCCGAAAUGAGUCUUCAUAAGAACAUAAGAAUUUGCUAGGCAAAAGAAGACCAUCU